AUGUCAGUAACAAGGGCUGACAAAAGCUUUGUUGUGGACAUGCCACAAAGGCAAUCUCCUCGAAGGACGUAUCAGGCUAGGCCAUUGAGUUCUAAUUCAGAACCUUUGCAUCAUCGACCCAUUACUGAUCGUAGUAAUCCUAAGCUUGGAUAUCGUCGUUCACUAAAAGGUGCUAUACAAUUUGAUCAAUUGAACCAAAAGAAGCUUGGCACUAAUAUUGCAAAUUUAGAAUCUCAACUAGGGCAAGCACAAGAAGAGCUAAAUAAUCUCAAAGACCAGUUGGCUUCAGCAGAAGCUGCAAAGAAAGAAGCACAACAAGAGCUGAAAAAUAAGACCAAUAAGCCUAAAGCUCGGGAAACUGUUGAAGUUAAUGAAAAGGUUCCUUCGAAAAGAACUCGAGAUUCUAAGAAAUUCGAUUGUAGCAUCAAAGAUAAAGUCUCUGAAGAUCUUGCAAUAGAUCAAGCUGAAGCUGAUCAAAAUGGUCCUGAAAUGGACAUUGAUGAUAAACCAGUCAGAAGCACUAGACCUUUGGCUGAGAUUUAUGAAAAAGCUGAAGUAGCUACUAUUGAACCAUGCUGUUUUGAAGAAGCUGAAGCGUAA